AUGGCCGAAGCGGCGUUGCGUGGUCUACAGCUCGUCUUUGUCUACCAAGAUGGCUUGAGCCAUGACGUGGUCCCUCUCGUGCGCACUCUAUACGCCACCGCACCCGACCAUGUUCGCGACCGUGCGGCGUUUGCUGUCGUUGACGCGCGCUUUCGCGCCUGGUUGGACGCGGCCGGCCACGACGGCUUGCCUCGUCUGUGUCAGUGUCGAGUCCCCGGGCGCCUCUUCCAAUAUGCGCUCCGCGCCGCGUGCACGUCAACCGGACGCGCGCACUGGAGUCUUGCCGCCAAGUAUGAGCAGCUACCCGUGCUCGCCUAUUACUUUGCAGAGCACUGCGACGAGUUCCAGCCCGACAUGAUGGCGCGUGCUGCGUACCGUGGCCACUUGUCGGUCGUGCGCUUCUUACACGAAGCUGGCGUACGCGGCAACAGUGCCGGCGCGCUCAUCUGGGCGAGCGAACAUCGAAGCAAAAACGUGCCGGGGCUGGGCCACGGACGCUCGAGACUGCAGCGCGCUUUGGCCUCGCCAAAGCCGUAA